UUUCAUAUUAUCAUAAAGUUUUAGGUAAAUGUUAAGUGACAUGUAUCUUUAUCGAGUUGUACUACAGUCGUAACAUUACGAUGUCUGUUUACAGCGGGUCAAAAUGUUACCGCACAUCAUUUUUCCUUUAAUCAGCCGACAACGGCAAUUAUUUGUCCAACAUCUCUGGCGAAAAUCUAAGAAAUCAAAUGAAGAGGCAGCAAAUAGUUCUUCAGAACAAGAAGAGGUAGAACAUUCUGAGAUGGAGAAAAUACGUAAAUAUUUAGCACAAAUGUUAAGACUUUCUGAUUCAUCAAAUUAUGAUGAACAAUCACAGCAGAAAGUCCUCCGUGAACUUAGCAUAGAUGGAGUGGUAGAUUAUAUAAAAGAAAAUGAAAACUGUAAAAUCAUUACUAUGGCUGGAGCUGCUGCAGGAAUUCCUGACUUUCGAUCACCAUCAAGUGGUCUUUAUCAUAAUUUAGAGAAAUAUAAUCUACCUCAUCCUCAAGCUAUUUUUGAAUUAGAUUUCUUUAUGGAAAAUCCUGAGCCAUUUUUUACGCUUGCCAGAGAAUUGUUACCUGAAGGUUUCAAGCCUACACCAUGCCAUUAUUUUAUUCGUCUUUUAUGGGAAAAGGGAUUACUCUUGAGACAUUAUACUCAAAAUAUCGAUACAUUAGAAAGAAUGGCUGGUUUACCUCCUGAAAAAUUGGUAGAAGCUCAUGGUACAUUUCAUACUGGUCGAUGCCUUAAGUGUAGAGCACCAUACACUCUUUCAUGGAUGAAAGAAAAAAUUAUGGAAGGUGUUAUACCAAAAUGCGAAGAAUGUAAUGAAGGUGUAGUAAAGCCUGAUAUAGUGUUUUUCGGAGAAAUGUUACCCGAACGCUUUCAUUUCCUUGCUGAUCGAGAUUUUGCACAAGCAGAUGUUUUAAUAAUUAUGGGAUCAAGUUUGGUUGUUCAGCCUUUUGCAUCUUUAGUAGAUAGGGUACGACCUAAUUGUCCACGCUUACUUAUCAAUAAAGAAAAAGUUGGUAUGCAAGACCGUUUGUCGCGACUUCUAGGAUUGCGACAUGGUUUAAUCUUUGAUACACGAAGUUCUCAUGGUGGUCGUGAUGUUGCUUGGUUAGGCGAUUGUGAUACUGGCUGUCAAUUAUUAGCAGAAAAGUUAGGCUGGGGUGAUGAGUUGAAAGAGCUCAUAAAAAAAGAACACGAACGUUUAAGUGCAGAAACUAAUGCAGAAACUAACAAAGAUUAAUUCCUCUAAUCUAAUUAUUACAAAAUAAAUCUAGCUUUCUAGAUUACUUGGGAUUUUAUUGUUACUUCUUUUAGAAGGAGGACAAACAAAUACAGAACAUAUUUUGCUUCAAAGAAAUUAUAAUAAACGUUAUUUAGGAUGUUAAAGAUAUUAAAAAUCCCUGCUUUUACCUGUAUUUAUAUCA